GAGAAAUGCAGACGGUCGGGCCCCUCCCGGAGCCACCGAGUCGGAACGCGCACGCCCGCUAGAAGCCCAGGUGUUCCCAGGCGCUCUGACGUCGGAGGCUCGGCUCUCGCCCGGGUUCUCAGCAGACGCUCCCUGCGCAGCUAAGCAGUUUACCAUCGGAGAAGGUGCUGCCAGCUCAGAGUCCGCCCGGCGCCCCACGGCCCGCGAAGCCCCCGCCCCUGCACUCCUGCAUUGUGAUGCAGGAAGAACGGGCCGCCGCAGGGCCCGGGUUGCAGCGACCGGCGCACCUGGAUGCGCCUCUCCCUUCUGGGCCUCGGCGUGCACCGCAGGCCGGGGAGGGAGCGUGCUGACGCCGCUAACUCUCAAAACCCUUUAGGGUAGUUCACCUCCCACGCAGAGAGGACCUCGGGAUUCGGACUGGGUCCAAGCUCCGGCACCAAGAACUCUAUGCCAACAAAGACUAGCGGCGUGCGAGGGGUGGAGCCUGGGCGGCAAAUACCGCGAGAAGUGGUCUCCCGGAGCGGCUCUGACAGGCGCGCCGCCGCUCUCGCCCCCGGAGGCGGUCUCCGCAGCAGGAGGCGGGGCCGAGCCUCUGUUGCAGAGAUCGCGAGAUUUGGCCGCGUCACCGCAAGCCUUCCUGUCAGGGGCCGGAAGCGCUCUUCGCGGAGCGUCUCCUGCACCUGGUCGGCUGAGCUGCUGCGCCCGUGGGCCCGGUUCCCGGUGCCGCCCCUCGGCUGCCGCUGGGCCGCGCCUGUCCUGGGCCGCAGUGAUGGAGGACCUCAAGGAGGCCGGCGCCGAGGCUCCGCCGGCGGGGACCGGUGCUCGAGGCGGGCUGAGCCUCCUGUCCCAGGGAGAUUCCGAGGAACCUUGCGCGCAGGGAUCAGCUUUAUUUCUUGGAGGCAAUGAAGUGAAGAGCCGAGCUGUGGUGAAAUAUUCUUCCGCCCCUCCUCGAACAGCAUUUGCACGCCUGGAAGAGAAGACAGACUUGAAACUCCCACCUGCCAACUGGUUACGAGAGAGUGCCAAACUAGGGCCAGCAGGAACUACCAUUCUUGGCAAUAGUAAGAAAAGCAAGCCGUUUUCAAGUUUUGGCAUGGCAUAUGACUUUAUUGAUUCUGUGGGAAAUGAUGUGGAUGUUGUCUCUGAUUCUGAAAACAUAAAAAAGCUGCUGAAGAUUCCCUACAGCAAGUCCCACGUAAGCAUGGCGGUGCACCGCAUAGGAAGGACACUCUUAUUAGAUGAGCUGGAUAUUCAGGAACUCUUUAUGAGAUCAUCUCAGACUGGUGAUUGGACAUGGUUGAAAGAGUUUUAUCAAAGACUGAUAGAUCAAAAGUGGCAGAGGAAGAAAAAGAGCAAGGAACACUGGUACCAGAAGGCUAUUCUUUCCAAGUUUUUAUAUUAUAGUAUCAAUGGUGAUGGAGCAGCUCAGCCUGUCCCUUCAGCUGCAGAACAACAGGAAUCAUCAAGUUCUGAUCAGACACAUGACUCAGAAGGGGCUUCAUGGCCUGCUCCCUUUGAAAUGCCUUCUUCAGUUUCUGAAGACCCCAGUGCUUCCAGUCAGGGAAGUGAGCCUCUUGAGCCCUCAUACAUAGUGGGGCAUGUGGCCUCAGCACCCAAAGAACAAAACCUGACUACUUUAUUCAAUGACGGGGAGAACAGUCAGGGUCUUAAAAAUGAUUUUGUUCGGAAUAUCCUGUGGACAUUUGAAGACAUCCACAUGUUGGUGGGAUCCAACAUGCCCAUCUUUGGUGGAGGCAGGUAUCCAGCGGUCAGCUUACGUCUCAGGGAUAACAACAAACCAAUCAAUGUGCUAACUGGAAUUGACUAUUGGUUGGACAACUUGAUAUGCAAUGUACCAGAGCUUGUGAUGUGUUUUCAUGUAAAUGGAAUUGUACAGGUAAGAUACACUGACUUUUUAAAUAAUCUCUCAAAAGACGAGUCUCUAACUCAAGGGAAGAGAAGUGUCUACAAGGAAAACAUCUCAAGUGAUGCUCUUCCUUUGAGCCAUUCACUCUGUGAUCUAAACAUCUCUUUCAGGGUUGCUUGUAACAUGAUGAUGAAGAAGAAUCAAAAUAAAAAACACUAUGGGACUAUUAGAACAUUACUUCUUAAUUGUGUGAAAUUGCUGGACAAAAGCAGACAUCCUCAAAUUAUUGCUUCAGCCAAUUACAUGCUUUCAGAACUUUUUCAAUUGGAUGAACCUAAAAAGGAAGAAAAUUCUGAAUCUCCUUUACAUGAGAAUUCGGAUGAAAGUUACAGUGAAGAGGAGGAGGAGAUGCCUGACAGUGAUGAAAAUGGAUCCUAUAGCACCAGCUCUGACCCGUCAGACGACAACAAAGCAGUAGCUAUCAUUAAGUCUGUUGGGGAAUUGUCAGUACCAGAAAAAUACAAGUCCAUCCACCAAAUCAGGCCCAGUUGUGCAUUUCCAGUUUGCCAUGAUACAGAAGAGCGCUGCAGACUAGUACUUAGCUAUGUUCUGGAGGGUUUAAAAUCUGUAGAUAACAGCAUCAAAAAAGAAAGUGACCUUCCAGCCGCUGACCCCAGCACCCCAAUCCCCUUAAAAUAUGAAGAUGAAUCUGCAAGGGGGGGUCCUGAGGGGCUAGAGAAGCAGAUGGCCUUGUUUUUGGACAAAAUGGGCUCCCUUCAGAAGGGUAAUUAUUCCAGUCAAUCUGGAAUGAUCCCUGGUUCUUGGCAACAUAAAAUGAAACUCCAGCUGAUUCUCAAGUCAUCAAAGGCCUAUUAUGUCUUGUCUGAUGCUGCCAUGAGUCUUCAGAAAUAUGGGAGAGCACUGCGAUACAUUAAGCUGGCCUUGCAGAGCCAUGAUACUUACUGCUGCCUGUGUACCAAUAUGCUCUCUGAAGUGUUGCUGUUUCUUUCUCAAUAUCUGACCCUCUGUGGUGACAUCCAGCUCAUGCUGGCCCAGAAUGCAAGUAACAGAGCAGCACACCUGGAAGAGUUUCACUACCAAACCAAAGAAGACCAAGAGAUCCUACACAGCCUCCACAGGGAGUCUAGUUGCCAGGGAUUUGCAUGGGCAACUGAUUUGUCUACAGACUUAGAAAGUCAACUUUCAGUUAGUUGUAAAUGCUAUGAGGCUGCUAAUGAAAUCUUGCAGUUUAGUGACUUAAAAAGCCAAAAUCCAGAACACUAUGUACAAGUAUUGAAGAGAAUGGGCAACAUUAGAAAUGAAAUUGGUGUGUUUUACAUGAAUCAGGCUGCUGCAUUACAGACUGAGAGAAUGGUGAGCAAAUCUGUGUCUGCUGCAGAGCAACAGUUGUGGAAAAAAAGCUUUUCUUGUUUUGAAAAGGGGAUUCACAACUUCGAGUCCAUUGAGGAUGCUACGAAUGCGGCUCUGUUGUUAUGUAACACAGGAAGACUGAUGCGCAUCUGCGCUCAGGCACACUGUAGCGCAGGGGACGAGUUCAGACGGGAGUUCUCCCCAGAAGAGGGCUUGUACUAUAACAAGGCUGUUGAUUACUAUUUGAAAGCUCUGAGGUCGUUAGGAACGAGAGACAUACACCCAGCCGUCUGGGACUCGGUGAACUGGGAAUUGUCCACUACUUAUUUUACCAUGGCAACUCUACAACAGGAUUAUGCUCCGUUAUCCAGAAAGGCUCAGGAGCAGAUUGAAAAAGAAGUCAGUGAGGCUAUGAUGAAGUCCCUGAAGUACUGUGACGUUGAUUUGGUGUCUGCCCGACAGCCUCUCUGUCAGUAUCGAGCAGCAACCAUCCAUCACAGGCUGGCUUCCAUGUACCACAGUUGUCUACGGAAUCAGGUUGGUGACGAACAUCUUAGGAAGCAGCACCGGGUGCUGGCAGAUCUUCAUUACAGCAAAGCUGUAAAGCUCUUUCAGCUCCUCAAAGACGCUCCAUGUGAACUACUUAGAGUGCAGUUAGAAAGAGUGGCAUUUGCAGAAUUUCAGAUGACCAGUCAGAAUAGCAACGUUGGAAAGUUAAAAACACUCUCUGGGGCUCUGGAUAUCAUGGUGAGGACUGAGCAUGCAUUCCAGCUCAUCCGGAAGGAGCUUGUAGAGGAAUUUGACCAGCCUAAGGGUGGUGAGACCAGUCCAGCUGCUGAUUCUUCUCCUAGUCUUAACAGAGAAGAAGUGAUCAAACUCCUCAGUAUAUUUGAAUCUCGAUUGUCCUUCCUCCUCCUCCAGUCCAUCAAACUGCUGUCUUCAACUAAAAAGAAAACAAGCAAUAACAUUGAAGAAGAUGGACUUCUCAAAUCCAACAAGCAAAUUUACUCCCAGCUUUUGAGAGCUACUGCAAACAAAAGUGCAAGUCUUUUGGAAAGAAUUGAUGUCAUCAUCCAUUUGCUGGGGCAGCUUGCUCAUGGGGGCAGCGGAAUAAGCAGCGGCGCCGUUCAGUGACCUCGCGCAGAGCUGCGUCUGCAGACACGCUGACAGUGCCUUCUGACCACAGGAGUGGCUUUGUCCAUUCGGUGCUGAGUUUCAUUAAAUGUGAGGAAAUACCCAUUUGAAACAGGCAUGCACUUAUUUCUCAUGACAGAGAGACAAUGGCGGAGUUCUUUGGCUUCUUCGUUUGAAGUGCUAAAGCCAGAACUGAACUGAAAGCUUCAGCUUUUAUUUCUAUGAGACGUACAUGGUACCUCAAUAUUAAUAGACUUUCUGUUAUGCAAUUAUACUUUCAGAUAUUUUUGAAGUAUCUUGGAUAACAAAGGUUUAAGAUAUUAUUUUGGAUAAAAUGUUGCUUCCACCAAGAGAACCUUUUAUCCAAAUGAUAUUACAGGUUCAAAUGGGUUAAAGAAACUUCCUAUAAAUCUACAAUAUUUCCUUCCAAAUUGCACAAGAACGUCCCCUUUGUGAAUUUUAGUGCAGGAGUUUUGAAGACUAGCCAUUGUGCACUAUUCUAUAUUUAAUGCAUGUUUUGAAGGGAUUCACUUUUCUUCAACUUUAUAUGACAGUUGAUCAGGAAUAGUAUUAUUUCCCCUCCCCUCCUUUUUCAUUUAAACUUGAAACUGUGAAUAAGGUAAAAAACAAAACAAAACUAUUUUGAAUAAACUAUUUAUUUAAAAUA